GGGAGGGCGGGGAAACGCGGGGCGCCCGGCCUCCGGGCGCCAACGAGCGGCCGUGCGCGCGGGGCGCAUGACGCGUGCACCUGCUGGGCCGCGGCCCCGCUAAAAAGACAGCGCGGGAAGCCCCCCGGGGAGGGCCCGAGUCCGCCAGAGCCCGGGCCGCAGCGCCGCGGCCUUCCGGGAGGACGCGAUGAAGUGCCCAGGCGUUUGGGGAAUGCUCACCGUGACGAUGUGUGUGGUCUUUCUGGGCUGCCCGCAGGCCCAGGAGCUCCAGGGCCACGUCUCCGUAAUCCUGCUGGGAGCAACCGGGGACCUGGCCAAGAAGUACUUGUGGCAGGGGCUAUUCCAGCUGUUCCUGGAUGAAGCGGGAAAGGGCCACAGUUUCAGCUUCCACGGAGCUGCUCUGACGGCCCCCAAGCAGGGCCAGGAGCUCAUGGCCAAGGCCCUGGAAUCCCUGUCCUGUCCCAGGGACAUGGCACCCAGCCGUUGUGCGGAACUCCAGGCCCAGUUCUUGCGGCUGAGCCGGUACCGCCAGCUGAAGACGGCAGAGGACUAUCAGGCCCUGGGCAGGGACAUCGAGGCGCAGGUGCAGCAGGAGGGCCUCCGGGAGGCUGGCAGGAUGUUCUACUUCUCCGUGCCGCCCUUUGCCUACGCGGACAUCGCCCGCAACAUCAACAGCAGCUGUCGGCCGGGCCCAGGCGCCUGGCUGCGCGUUGUCCUGGAGAAACCCUUUGGCCAUGACCACCUGUCAGCCCAGCAGUUGGCCACUGAACUUGGGAGCUUUUUCCAAGAGGAGGAGAUGUACCGGGUGGACCAUUACCUGGGCAAGCAGGCUGUGGCUCAGAUCCUGCCCUUCCGGGACCAGAACCGCCGGGCCUUGGACAGCCUCUGGAACCGGCACCACGUGGAACGGGUGGAGAUCAUCAUGAAAGAGACGGUGGACGCCGAAGGCCGCACCAGCUUCUACGAGGAGUAUGGCGUCAUCCGCGACACCCUGCAAAACCACCUGACGGAGAUCCUCACGCUCGUGGCCAUGGAGCUGCCCGCCAACGUCAGCUGCUCGGAGGCCGUGCUGCGCCACAAGCUGCAGGCCUUCCGGGCACUGCGCCGCCUGCAGAGGGGCAGCGCCGUGGUGGGCCAGUACCAGACCUACAGCGAGCAAGUGCGCAGGGAGCUGCGGAAGCCAGCCGGCUCCCCCAGCCUGACGCCCACCUUCGCAGGCGUCCUCGUCCACGUCGACAACCUGCGCUGGGAGGGCGUCCCUUUCAUCCUGAUGUCCGGCAAGGCCCUGGACGAGAGAGUGGGCUACGUGCGAGUCCUGUUCAAGAACCAGGCAUUCUGCGCCCAGAGCGAGAAGCACUGGGCCCCGGCACAGAGCCGGUGCCUGCCCCGCCAGAUCAUCUUCUACAUCGGACACGGCGAGCUGGGCCACCCCGCCGUGCUGGUCAGCAGGAACCUGUUCAGGCCCUUCCUGCCCGCCCAGAGCUGGAGGGAAGUGGAGGACCGGCCCGGGCUCCAGCUCUUUGGCCGGCCCCUGUCCGAUUUCUACGCCUUCAGCCCCGUGAAGGAGCGCGAUGCCUACUCCAUCCUCUUGUCCCACAUCUUCCACGCCCGCAAGGAGUCCUUCGUCCCCACGGAGCACCUGCUGGCCUCCUGGGUUUUCUGGACGCCCUUGCUGGAGAGCCUGGCCCGGGAGGUGCCGCGCCUCUACCCGGGGGGCGCCGACAGCGGUCGUCUGCUGGACUUUGAGUUCAGCGGUUCCCACUUGUCCUUUUCCCUGGGGCAGCCAGAGCAGCUGGUGCCGGGGCCCGGCUCCACCCCGCGGCCCAGUGACUUCCAGGUUCUCGGUGCCAAGUACCGGGAAAGCCCGCUGAUCUCCGCCUGGCCCGACGAGCUCAUCUCCAAGCUGGCCAGUGACAUCGAGGCCGCAGCCGUGCAGGCGGUGCGGCGCGUCGGCACCUUCCACCUGGCGCUCUCGGGCGGCUCCAGCCCCAUCGCCUUGUUCCAGCAGCUGGCCUCGGGCCACUACGGCUUCCCCUGGGCCCACACGCACCUGUGGCUGGUGGACGAGCGCUGUGUCCCGCUCUCAGACCCCGAGUCCAACUUCCAGGGCCUGCAGGCGCACCUGCUGCAGCACGUCAGGGUCCCCUACUACAACAUCCACCCCAUGCCUGUGAACCUGCACCAGCGGCUCUGUGCCGAGGAGGACCGGGGUGCCCAGGCCUAUGCCAGCGAGAUCUCAGCCCUGGUGACCAACUGCAGCUUCGACUUGGUGCUGCUGGGCAUGGGCACCGAUGGGCACACGGCCUCUCUCUUUCCACAGUCGCCCACUGGCCUGGACGGGGAGCAGCUGGUGGUGCUGACGGAGAGUCCCUCGAGGCCACACCAGCGCAUGAGCCUCAGCCUGCCCCUCAUCAACCGCGCCAAGAAGGUGGCCGUCCUGGUCAUGGGCAGGACGAAGCGCGACAUCACGCUGCUGGUGAGCCGCGUGGGCCGCGAGCCCAAGAAGUGGCCCAUCUCGGGCGUCCUGCCCACUUCCGGCCAGCUGGUUUGGUACAUGGACUAUGAGGCCUUUCUGGGGUGAUGGAUGGCGCCUCUGCUCUGGGCUCACUCCCGUGCUUUCCUUACCUGUCCUCACCCCCCACCCCGGCCCUGCCCAGCGUACCUGAUGCCCUGAGUCGGGCCCGGAGCAGGGAGGACAAGGCCCCGCCCUAGCCUGCCCCUUGGGUGGCCCAUGCUGCCUGGGCGUUGCGGGCGGACACAGAAACCAGGCAGAAGUGCGAUCUCUGUCCUUGAACAGAGUCAGUGCCAGGCCAGAAGACCCACGUGGUCGCCCAUCAACAGCCACCAGCACAAAUAAGCGGGGGUGAAAGUGCCCACAAGCAGAAGGGGACCAGGGAGCUGCCGGGAGGAGGCCUGGGCUGACAGAGCGGCCCUGGGGGUACAGUGCCCCGUGCCAGGCAGGCAGACGGGAGGCCGUCCCCACGCCACAGCCUGGUCAAGCCCCGGCCUGUCUGCUCCAGUCUCUGCACCUCGAACCCACUGCCCUCACCUCCACCCCUCACCUCCCUGGGUUCCUCCUCAGCCCCUCCUGCUUCCUGUGGGAGCCCGGUGCAUCAGCCAGUGUGGAUGUCAGAAAGCUAGGACUGCUCCCCUUUGAGAACAGCUGUGCCUGGGCAGUGGGGCAGAGGUCCCCAGCUUCCUCCAGCCGUGGGUGCUCCCCUCUCUGGCCGGCCUCCUCUGCCAACCCCCUGGCCGCGGGUGACCGGGCCGUUCCAGGGAGCCGGAGCCUGAGAGGGCCCCCCGGUGGGUGUUUCCUGUCUUGGCUGCCUCUUGGGUUUCAGCAGGGGAGACCCGGUGACGUUGUCCUCUGAUGGUGACCACUGUGACUUCAAGUGACGUUGGGUCCCCCGGUGGCUCUGCCCAGCAGACAGGAGCCUGCUGGGGCGGCUGCAGCCGGCCCUUCUCACACUGCCUCCCGCGGCCUCCAGCCCACCACUGCCUUCGCUGGGCUCUCCCUCGUGCCAGCCCUGGCUGUACCAUCAUCACCUGCCCUCCUGGCUUCUCCGGGAGCAGAGCUUGGUCCUCCUCCCUGGAGAAGCCUCGGCCAGAAAUGCCCAUUCCCCAAAGCCCCCGAGGCGGGCUCUAAAAUUCUUGAAAGAAAAACCAGCAACAGAAAGAGAUCCCAGGACACCUGUGUUUUUGUUUUUGUUUUUCAACUUCCCACGUGGUGGUGCCACUCAGGUGCGCAUGUGAAGGGCUGAGCCUCCAGGGCCGUGCCUGCUGGUUGGAGAGGCUUUCUCCAUAGGAGGGACAUCCGUCGCCAUCUGACACUUCUUCAAGGCUUCUAACUUAAACACGCAUCCUCAUUUUCCCUGGAGGUGCGGGAGCCGGGGGCUCUCUCACUUGAGGGGCACUGUUGGUGAAGUUCUGCCUGCCCUGGCCUCCAGCAGCCCAGGCCGCACAGGGAGCCCCGCCCUGGGCAGAACAGAACCGCGGGGCCAGGGCUGGGCGCCCUCUCCCAGUUGCCUGUUCACACCUGGUGGCCAGUGGCGCUCACCAGGGGUCAGAGGUGAGCACAGGUGUUGAAGUUCCGCCUCUGGCCGCGUGGGGGCGCCUGAGCACCAUCCCCGCCGCGGCUAGCGGGCAGCGCAGACACAGGCCAGUGCCUGAGUGAUGGCGACUCCCUGCCUGCGGCCAAGCAUCCUGCUGUCCGUCAGAGGAAGGCCCUCACCCACGCGUGCGCCCCUUCUCACCCUGUGUUGGGGAGGAGAGAGGCUCCGGACCCUGUGCUCCCCUGACGGGUUCUGGAGGAGGUCUUGCCCCUUGGAUUCUGUUUUUCUCUGAAAGUGGCCAGGUGGGGCCUGGAACUCAGGCGGCCACAGUGGAGCGUGGGCUGGCAGUGCGGCUGCGACCCGGGUCUGGACUUACAGGCAGUGUGGAGCAGGUUCAGCUCCCCCCCACCCCGCCCCGGGCAGUUUUCUGGGAGGGGGAGACGGUGGUGAGGAAACAGAGCAGAAACCAGGAGCUUACUGAGGGUUUUUUUUUUUUUUUUAUUUGAAAGGCAGAAUGACAGAGGAGGGGAGAGAUGGGAAGAGAAAGAGAGCUUUUCCAUACACUGGUUCUGUCCCCCCCACUCCACUCCAAAUAGCUGAAACAGCCUGGUCUGGGCCAGGGAGCCAGGAGCUCCAUCCGGGUCUUCCAUGCGGGUGGCAGGGACCCAAGCACUGGGCCAUCCUCUGCUGCCUCCCAGGCGAGUUGGAAGGGGCAGUAUCGGCAGUGGAGCAGCUGAGACUCGAACUGGCGCCCCAGGAUGCUGGCGUCUCAAGCCACGGCCGCGCCGCUGCCAGCCCUGCCUGUCCUCAGCGCCAUCUUGUCUAACCCUUUGACAACCUGGUGGGCUGUGCCAUGGGACCCUUAUUUAGCGAUGGCUUUGAAACAAAAGCUCAAUUUCAGGAGCAGCCCGGGUCAGACCCAAGUCGUUGGGCGUCUCCAGCUGUGUCCACCAGCCCGUGCCCUGCCUCUUCUCUCCCCUGGGGCCUUGAGCAGGGGGCAGUGGACACCAAAGUCUGGGUUCCAGAGGGAGGCGCCUGCCCGUGCACCUGUGGGUCUGUAAAUGGCAGGAGGGCCUCCCCUUGUAGACCAGCAUUCGCAUCCUGAGAGCAGGGUGAUCGGCCUCCGUGGUGGGAAGGGUUCCAGGACUUCCGGGUUCUGAUUCGGCAGCAGGUAUCUCCGUGCCCGUGAGUUAGGAAGCUUCCUGUUUCUCAGCAGGUGGUCCUUUAGGAUGCUCCGCGCCCACUCGGGUCCCCGGCUUAGCAGCAUAACCAAAGCUGCCCAACAGGCGGGUGAAUACUCCAGGACAUUCAUUCUCUCAAGUGUUUCUGUCCCCACAUCGGCAUCCCGGCUCUGGGAGUUCCUUUUAGCUUUGUCCAGCUUCCCUCCUUCCCAUUCCGUGUAGGGAGCCAGGCGUGGCCGGACAGAGAAGGGACAAAGGGCUGCUUCCUAGAACUUUUUCUCCUACAGAGGCAGCCUCUGCAGCUGCUUUUCCCAGCUGGAUUUUCAUCUCAAGUCCAUGGGCCACGGCCUGCAGGUGGAAAACUUGCUUGGUGGCAGUGCAGGGUCAAAAAAGCAGCAAGUCACGGGAAAGGCCGGCGUGGCAGGUUGGCGUGGUCAGCACCUGCCCACGCUGUGAGUGGGGCUGCAGGGGGCAAGGCUGCGCCUCCAGAUGUCCCGGGUGGAGCUGGACUCCCGAUUCUGCUCUGAGGCCAUGGCCUGAGUAGGUGGCGCUGCAUCACUGACUGCCUUGUGCAUGUGCCAUUUCCAUGGCUAGAAGGUGCCCCCCCCCCCAGCCUUCUCCGCCCUUCACAGCAGUCAGAACCCAAGAGGGCGGCCAGUGUUGUGGUGCGGCGGGUUAAGCAGCUGUCUGUGAUGCAGGCAUCCCAUACAGGCGCCAGUUUGAGUCCCGGAUGCUGCACGUCUGAUCCAGCUUCCUGCUAAUGUGCCCAGGAAAGCAGCGGGGGAUGCUCCAAGUGCUUGGGCCCCUGCCACCUGCAUGGGAGGCCUGGUUGGAGUCCAGGCUGCUGGCUUCCAGGCUGGGCUGGGCCAUUGCAACCAUCUGGGGAGUGAACCAGCGGAUGGGAGGUUUUGCUCUGUGUCUCCCUCUCUGUCACUCUAAAUGAAUCUUAAAAGGAGGGGGAAUCCGAAUGAAUGAUGCAAUGAGCAUAGGUACAGCUGUGCCCUGGGAGGUGCUGGGUGUUUUCUGGCAGUCACUGGAGGGCAGUGGCUUGCUGAAUGCAGGUUUGUUGUCUGAGGUCCCGGCAUGGCAGGUGGCAGCCGCACGGUGCAGUUUCUAUCCUGAGCUGCUGGUGCUGGGGUUAGGGUUGGACGUCAACGUGUUCUCUGCUUUGCUGCAUACCGUGCAGUCUCCAAGUAAACCAGACCCUACGUCCCGCCCUCUCCUGCACGUCCGUCUUCCCUGCAGGAUUCGUCCUCACUGUGUGAAGGGGUGAGACCCAAAGCAGCUGCUGUUCCCGGGAGACUCCAACAGCAGCCAUCUCCCAGGAGGUCCAGGCUCCCGGUCCCUGGGGUGUGAGUGAGACAUGCAUGCCGGGCCUGGAGGAUGCCAUUCAGUGAGCCAGAGGCUAGGGGGCAGGGAAGGUCCCCCCCACCCCCAGCUUAGGGAGUGCACCUGCUAUCAGAGCAGGUCACUGGGAUGCGUGUGUGAAUGGGAGGGGGCCGUGACGCUUCCGUGGGUUCUGGGUUCCCAGCACUGGUCUUUGCUUGACCCUGGCCUUGCCCCCAGGUCUCUGCAUCCUUCCUGCCCUGGUGUGGGAGGGGUGACCCCAUCUUCCUUGGCUGAGAGCUGCCAUGACUACAUCUGAGCCGCUGGUGACUGGAGUUGGAAGUGAACACAGAUGCCUGUCAGGUUGGCCCUUGGCUUUACCUGCACACAGCGGGAGGGGCCGGGUACACAGUGAGAGGAGGCUCCAGGAGAGGACCCUGGAUUGGCUGAGCUCAGAACCUCGAGGGCCUCCCUGUCUCUGGGUUGUGACGCAUGUGGUCUCCUCCCCUGGGGUCUGGGUGACAGCCGACCACAGCAACAUGGCUCUGACCUGCAGGUGUGUGAGUGAGGAGCUGAGACUCCCCCCGGGGCCGAGGGGCUGUUGCUGUCAUGCAGUCUGUCCUGUGAUAGGGAACUGGGGUCUGGGCCGUGGUGAGGCCAGGAGAGGAGGGGCUGAGCUCUGGGGUGGGCAUGCAAACCACCCCUGCAAACAGCAUGAACGUGCCAGGAUUUCUCUGGGCCCUGGAAACUGCCUGAGACGACUCAUCCAGAACCCGUGCCUUUUAAAAAUCUUCAAAAAUGUUUUUAAAGAGGCUUUUCGUAUAUCAGAUGUAACAUCUAUUUUUUCAACAAUACAAUUGUUUUGCCAAAA